GAGAACUCUCCUGUUUGCUCAUGAAGUGAAAGCAUCAGAGUAAACUAACCUACACGCACCGAGAAAGAGCAUAAGGAUGGACGAAAAGAUGAUUGCAAGACAAGACCUCCUUGCUGGAAUGGUGCUUGUGAAAGGCAUGAUGAAACUGACCCCGGGGGAGAGAAGGAAGGAGGUCAGAAGACAAAGCCUUAUAGAGCUGAAAGCAAUGGAGCUGGAACGCAGAGAAAGAGUUACUCUGGAGACCAUGAAGAAGUGGAAGAGGGACAGGAAGGAGCGAGAAAAAGAGACAGAAAGUUGGAGGAGAGAGAAAGAAAGAAUUGUGGAGGAGAGGAUGAGGCAGGAGAGGCAGGAGGAGGCCAUGGAGAAAAUAAAACAAGACCAACAGAAGAAAGAGGGGCUUCAGUGGAAAAAGGUGAUGUUGUGGCCCAGGUGUACAAUUGCUCCCGAAAACGACCGAGAAUGGAGUCAAGAGGAGAUUGAGCUCUGUUGUCUGCCAACAGUGGGAGUCAAAGCCAACCCAGAGAGCCUGACCUUUGACCCGAGGUUAGCUGAGAUGAAAAAGAAAAUUCUGUACAACAACUGGGUCAGAGAGGAAAAGCCAGACAAAAAAAAGACCUUCCAAAACAGCUCCAUCUAUCACCUCUUUGCUGCACGACCAGUCCCCAAGUCUCAAGAACAAAAACAAAAAACACCCGAACCCAAUGAGACAGUUGCAGGACCGGAUGAUGUUUACCCGUUUGAAGCCCCUGUGUCCAGCUAAGCUAACCGUCUUCUGGCUGUAGCUUUAUAUUAAAUGGACAUAUAUGAAUGGUA